AUGGCUGCGCUGCGGAUCAGCCCCCAGGCCGAGGCCCAGAAGGUCACUCUGGGGGGCCCAGCUGCUCACCACCCCUCCCCAUCCCCCCAGGACCCGGCGCUGAACGUGGGGGACUUUGAGUCCCUGCGGGCCCCGCUCGACAUCCCCAUCCCCGACCCCGCCAAGGAGAAGGCAAAAGCCGAGCGCCGCAAGAAGGAAGAAAAGAAGGAAGAGAAGAAAGACGAGAAGAAGUCGGAGGAGGAGGAUAAAGCGCCCCCCUGUGGCCCCGUGAGCAGCAACGAGACGGUUGUGGGGCUGGUGAGCCGAGUGAAAGCCGAGAUCCAGGGCGCCAAGGAGGAGCUGGGGCUGGUCUCUGUCUGGGUUCAACUCCAGGUGCCCCGUAUCGAAGACGGCAACAAUUUUGGGGUCGCAGUCCAGGAGAAGGUGUUUGAGCUGAUGACGGGCUUGCGGACGAAGCUGGAAGGAUUUCAGACCCAGAUCUCCAAGUAUUUUUCCGAGAGAGGCGACGCAGUGGCUAAAGCGGCCAAAAAUCCUCACGUGGGUGAUUACCGGCAGCUGGUGCACGAAUUGGACGAGGCGCAAUAUGCUGAGAUCCGGCUGAUGGUGAUGGAAAUCCGGAACCUCUACGCCAUUCUCUAUGACAUCGUGGUCAAGAACUUCGAGAAGAUCAAGAAGCCACGGGGCGAAACCAAGGGCAUGAUCUACUGAGCGACCUUUCACCUCCGGCCUCCACCAAUCGCAGGGCGGGUUGGGAAGAGAGGCAAAGGCGGGACUUCCUGUCGUGCCACCUGCUGCUGAUCAGAAAAAAUAGAGCUUUAGGGGUUUCGCGGCCAGUUUUGAAUUUAAAAAAAAAAAAGGCAACAAAAUGCCAAAAAUUUGCAAAAUGGAAAAUGUUCGAGGUUGUUGGGAAAUUAAGGAAAUGAAACUUUGUUUGCCAGAAAAGGAAACUGAACGGCCCAAAACAGACCUGGGAAAUCAUUUUCAAGAUGCAAAAAAAACU